ACUCCGCGCCUGUAACCUUGUGCUGCUGCUCAGCAGUGCUGCUAAACCAGAUGUGUUUAAACAUUUUUUAAGGUGUAUUUUGUUGUCAUAAGCUUUGCGGAGUAAUGAGUAAAUACAUUUUGCCAAUUUCUGUUUUUGGGACAGUGUUUGGAGGCGCUGUUUUGCUGAAAAACCAUGUGACCGGAGGCCGGUGUCCUAGUAAAGCUACCAUUAAUGGAAAGACUGUGGUGAUCACAGGAGCCAACACAGGCAUCGGGAAAGAAACUGCAAGAGAACUGGCCAAGAGAGGGGGUCGGGUCAUUAUGGGAUGUCGUGAUAUGGAGAAGUGUGAGGCAGCUGCAAAGGAAAUACGUGGGAAAACCCUGAAUCCUCACGUUUACGCGUGUCACCUCGACCUGGCCUCCACGAAAUCUGUCCGAGAGUUUGCGGAGAGGAUCAAACGAGAGGAGAAGCAUGUGGACAUACUGAUAAACAACGCAGGGGUCAUGAGGUGUCCGGCAUGGAAGACGGAAGACGGCUUCGACAUGCAGUUUGGAGUGAAUCACUUAGGCCACUUCUUGUUGACGAAUCUUCUGCUGGAUAAGUUGAAAGAGUCCGCCCCCAGCAGAGUGAUCAACCUGGCCUCACUCGCCCACAUUGUUGGAAAGAUUGACUUUGAGGACUUGAACUGGGAGAAGAAGAAGUUUGAUACCAAGCAGGCGUACUGUCAGAGCAAGCUUGCCAAUGUUCUGUUCACCAGAGAGCUCGCCAAGCGAUUACAAGGCUCAGGAGUCACUGUGAAUGCUGUGCACCCAGGAGUUGUUGCCACGGAGCUCGGGAGACACACCGGGAUGCACCAAUCACAGUUCUCGAGCUCCGUGCUCAGUCCCUUUUUCUCCCUGCUGGUGAAGAAUCCAGAGCUGGGGGCCCAGCCUAGCGUCUACCUGGCCGUGUCCGAGGAGAUGGAAGGGGUGACGGGGCAGUACUACGAUGUGAUGACCGAAAAGGAACCAGCACCCCAGGCCCUGGACGAGGAGACAGCUUGCAGGCUGUGGGAGGUCAGCAGUAAGCUGGUGGGUCUGGAGGAGGAAGGACAGUCCAGCAAAUCAAACCCAGCAGCAGAAGAACAGAACAAAGCUGCACAGAGAGACUCAGUGAAGACAGUCGGACAGAACCCAGAACCAGCUGUCAGUACGGAGGGACUGUAGGUUCACUCUGGCCUCUUGGGUAGCCGAGAAUAAUAGACCUUUAUGACGUGAGCUGUACCAGGCUCAUAAGAACAAUUCACUGCCUGAGACUUGGUUUCUGGUUGCCUGCAUAAUGACAUUCUUUUGUACAACUCUGUAUUCCUGCAUCAGGAUUUUCAAGAGACAAUGUAAUUUAAUUCACAAAUCAGUUUCAAAACUAAAUGAAUCAAUAAAAACAUACCACGAUCA